AUGAGUGAGGAACCAUUAUCCGAAACAUCUUCAUCUUCCUCCUUUGUACCUGUUGAUCAGAUUCAUGUACAAGAUGCCAUUCAGGUCAUUGAUGAGAACAAAAAAUUCAAUGAUGCGAUUUUAGACUACGUUAGCAAGACGUCACUGGCACAUGUUGGCCACAACUAUCACAUCGUAGCAGUGUUUGGAUCACAAUCAACAGGUAAGUCAACAUUGUUGAACAACUUGUUCAACACCAAUUUUGAUGUCAUGAAUGAAUACAGCAGACAACAAACAACCAAGGGUAUUUGGUUGGCAUAUUCACCGGGAGUUUCAACAACAUCUGGCCACGUUUCCACAAAAUCAAAUAUUCUCGUGAUGGACGUUGAAGGAACAGAUGGAAGAGAAAGAGGAGAAGACCAGGACUUUGAGAGGAAAGCGGCUUUAUUUGCAUUAUCCACUUCGGAAGUAUUGAUUCUAAACAUUUGGGAAACUCAAGUUGGAUUAUACCAAGGUGCCAAUUUAGGAUUGUUGAAAACAGUUUUUGAAGUAAACAUCACUUUGUUUGGAAAGAGUAAGUUGGAUUCUAAUAACGACCACAAGGUGUUAUUAUUGAUCGUCAUUCGAGACCAUGUUGGAACAACGCCAGUUGAAAGUUUGGCUGAAACAAUUACGCAAGAUUUGAAAAAGAUUUGGGAUUCAUUGCUGAAACCAGGUGAAUUGAGCCACUUGAAAUUUGAAGACUUUUUUGACUUGGACUUUCAUGCAUUGAACCAUAAAAUAUUACAACCAAAAGAGUUCUCCGAAGGUAUUGCUAAACUUGGUGACAGAUUGGUGAAGGAGAAUGAUCUUUUCAAACCGGAAUAUCAUCACAGUAUCCCCGUCGAGGGUUGGACAUUGUAUGCUGAAAAGUGUUGGGAACAAAUUGAAAACAACAAGGACUUGGAUUUACCAACUCAACAAAUCUUGGUUGCACAGUUCAAGUGUGAUGAAAUUGUGGAACAGACGUAUCAAGAAUUUUUGAAAAAAUUUAGCGAAUUAUUUAAAGAGGUUGAAAAAGAUCCAUCCUACGAAGAUAUUGGAGCAGUGUUUGUUGACUUGAAGCACGAUGUUCUUGAAGAGUACGACUAUGCUGCAGCAAAGUACAACAAACCAGUUUACGAACAAAAACGUGUCAAGUUGGAGUCAUUGAUGCACAACAAAUAUAAAGAGUUAUUUGACUUGUAUGCCAAGCAGUUGAUCGAAACUACCACAGCCUCAUUUAGACUGGAGUUGGCAGCGUUGAAAGGAAAAGAUUUUGUUCAGCAGAGUCAGAAGCUAUCAGCCAAUGUUGUGAACGUGAUUAAAACAAGCUUAGGUUUAAUCUCAUUGGAUGGUGCAUUUACAUACGAUGAUACAAUUGAGCAAGUGGAAAAGGAGCUUGCAUCAACAAUCUCCAAGCAGCAAAGGAUUGAAUUGGACAGUAUUGUAAACAAAUCAGCAAAAAAAUUGUCCACCAAUUUGUCCAAAACAAUACAAUUUGAGCUUAAUGAUCCUAGCGAUUCUACUUGGGACAAGAUUUUGAAACAAUUUAACUUUCACGUCAAUGAAUUCACUUCCAAGUAUAACGGAGAUUUUGGAUUGAAUACUUCCGAGCAAGAUAAUGAAGAAGCUGUGAAGAAAUUCAAGUUCAAGUCAUGGAACAACUUUUACGAUCUUAUUCACAAGCUCAUCUACAAGGAGAGGGUCCUUGAUAUCUUACAAACCAGAUUCGACGACAAGUUCAGGUACGAUUCCAAUGGCUUACCCAAAUUGUACCAAGAUGCAAGGGAAUUGGAAGCCAAUUUUGCUAUCGCUAAGGAACACGCUUUAGCAGUGUUGUCAAUUCUUACAAUUGCAAAACUCAGUGACAAUUCCGAGAUUGUGCCAGAUUUUGAUAUCUUUAGUCCAAUGUUAAGAUCACAAUACUUGAAUUUGAAGGUUAGCCAGAGUGAUGACGAAGAUGAAGAAGACGACGAGUCGUAUUCAUUCGCUGACAUUAUCAAUGAGACUGAAAAGGCACAAAUAUUAUCAAAAUUCAAGAAAGAGAUUGAUGCAAAGUUUGUGGAAACGAAACGUUCAAUUGUUCAACAUGUUACCCAAAUACCUUAUUAUGUAUACCUUAUUAUCAUUGCAUUAGGUUGGAAUGAGUUUAUGGCUGUUGUGCGUAAUCCCUUUACCUUUGCACUUGCUAUUGUGUUGGCUGCAUCAAUAUACAUUUUAUACACCUUGAAUCUUUUGAAACCAGCAAUUGCUGUUGGGCAGAGGUUAGUUGAUGACGUCGUGGUUAUAGCAAAGGAAAAAUUACGCGAAGUAUUGAUUGACGACCACGAGAUCCAAGCUCGUAAUCUCGACAAGAUGACAGGAAAGGUAAAACAGGCUAGUUUCGAAGAUGAUAUUGAAAGGACACAAGAACAAAGGAAUGUCAAAGACGUGGGUGACGAAGGAGAGGAUGGAACUGAGUAG